CAAGUCUGAACGUUAUGAAAACACAAGAAACUUCGUCUUAUCUGUUGUAAGCAAUGGGGGCAGUGAAUUGCAAACCGUGUAGGAAAAAGAAGAAAGCACUGCAAGGUGGCUCAAUACUUGACAGGGUCAUCAGUCAGGCCUCGAAUCAGGACCAAUGUUUGUUGUAUAGGUUGGCAAACUAUAAGAAAGGUGGUGAACUGAUCGACGCAUACAACCAAGGCGGGUUCAUCGAAGUGGAAAAACUGAUCAGGGAACAGUUUGGCCAGUUGAUGUACCGCGAAGGCAAGGGGCAAAUCAUCAAUAGAUCGGAAUACCUCCGGUGGAAAUUUAGGGACCACGAGCAAGUCACUUUGCCCAUCGAAGCAUCUUUGAGUCGUUUCGACCCGUUGGGAAAAUGGACAGAUCACGACGCCUGCUGGCAGAUGCAGUUCAGAGGCUCGUUGGGUGAGACGCUGCUGCAUGUUCUGAUCAUAUGCGAUACUAAGAUUCAUACGAAACUUGCCAGGACGUUGAUCAGGUGUUUUCCGAAGCUUUCUGUUGACGUUGUGGAGGGAGAAGAGUAUUUAGGAGCAAGCGCAUUACACCUAGCCAUAGCAUAUAGUAAUAAUGAGCUAGUUCAAGAUUUAGUCGAGGCAGGGGCUAACGUUAACCAAAGAGCUAUAGGCAGUUUUUUCCUUCCAAGAGACCAACAGAGACCAAAGCCUGCGAAGCACACUGAAUACGAAGGGUUAGCCUACCUUGGGGAAUAUCCGUUAGCUUGGGCUGCAUGUUGUGCCAAUGAGAGUGUAUAUAAUUUAUUAUUAGACAAUAACGCUAACCCUGAUUAUCAAGAUAGCUUUGGAAAUAUGAUUUUGCACAUGGUGGUUGUCUGUGAUAAACUGGAUAUGUUUGGAUAUGCUCUAAGGCAUCCAAAACUUCCUGCCAGUAAUGGAAUUGUGAAUGAAGAAGGCCUUACUCCUUUAACAUUAGCUUGUAAGCUUGGUAGAGCAGAAGUUUUCAAAGAGAUGUUGGAGCUAUCUGCAAAAGAAUUUUGGAGGUAUAGUAAUAUAACCUGUUCUGCAUAUACGCUUAACGCGUUAGAUACAUUGUUGCCAAACGGAAAAACCAAUUGGAAUUCCGCUUUAUUUAUAAUACUUAAUGGUACUAAAGAAGAACAUUUAGAUAUGUUAGAUGGAGGCAUAAUACAGAGGCUUCUUGAAGAAAAGUGGAAAUCAUUUGCCAGAAACCAGUUCCUAAAACGUCUGCUUAUUCUAGUAGUUCACUUAAUUUGUAUGUCUCUGGCUCUAUAUUUGAGGCCUGAUGAUUUUGAUGAGCCUUUACUGGGAUGGAGGGAUGAUCCUACUACAAUAGCAAGAUACUGCGCUGAAAUUGGAACACUGUUAGGUGUGCUGAGUUACGUGAUUUUUCAACAGGGCGAUGAGAUACGGAAUAUUGGGUUGUGGACAUUCUUGAAGCAACAGCUAAACUCUCCGCCGAAACUGAUAUUUUUGGUUUCAAAUUUGCUGAUCUUAGCCUGUAUACCUUAUAGACUAAAAGGAGAUAAAGACACUGAAGAAGCCAUACUGCUAUUUGCUGUACCUGGAUCUUGGUUUCUACUGAUGUUUUUUGCAGGGGCUGUUCGACUUACAGGACCAUUUGUAACAAUGAUCUACAGCAUGAUCACAGGAGAUAUGCUUACGUUUGGCAUAAUCUACACUAUAGUGUUAUUCGGAUUCUCACAGUCGUUUUACUUUUUAUACAAAGGAUUUCCAGGGGUGAAGGGGACACUAUACCACAGCUUCACCUCAACUUGGAUGGCAUUGUUCCAGAUUACUUUGGGAAACUAUGACUAUCAGGAGUUAGGGGCUACAACUUAUCCAGGCGUAGCAAAGACAGUAUUUGCAAUCUUCAUGGUGUUCGUACCCAUCCUGCUACUAAACAUGCUCAUAGCAAUGAUGGGCAACACUUAUGCUCACGUGAUAGAACAAAGCGAAAAGAGUGGAUGAAACAGUGGGCUAAGAUCGUGAUCAGUCUGGAAAGGGCCAUACCACAAGCGGAUGCGAAGCACUAUUUGCAAGAAUACAGCAUAUCGUUGGGGCCCAGUGAGGAUCCCAGUACUGAACAACGGGGGGUCAUGGUCAUCAAGUCCAAGAGCAAGACUAGGGCUAAGCAAAGGAAAGGGGCUGUUGCAAACUGGAAGAGGGUGGGAAGGUAACCAUAAAAGCUUUGAAGAAGAAAGGACUGACAGGUGAAGAAAUGAGGUGUCUGAUGUGGGGCAGAGAAUCCAUCAACACUCCAGUGAAAACUAAACGACCUCCUAAAGAUCCAUUGUUGGAUCCACAAGGACCAAACAUAGUAGGCGGUUUUGGCGAUGCCCUAACUGCAGCGCUGGAUGUGAUGACGUUUACUCAUGACCUGGAUAUAAGCAGUGCAGCUCAAGGUCUCAAUUUGGCCAACAAUCCAAAACCUCAGCCCCAGUUACAGUCCAAUCUGGUACAAAAUGGAGUCGUUGCCAAUAACGAGAAAAACCAUGCUUUUACUAAGGAUGACAACAAAAAGCCCGCUGAAAUAGCAGACGUUAAUGUUGGUAUGUUUGGAGCCCUCACACAACUUGCAGAGUCUCAAGGCUUUAAGGAACCUAAAAAGGAGGUACCUCAGGCUCCAGCUAUUUAUACUACACCGUCAACAGAUUCUCCAAACGUGGAUCCAACUUUAGUAGUUGUAGAUCCCAUCAAGGAACUGGUGAUCGCUUCUGAAGAUGAAAGAGCUGAUCCGGAGAAGUUGAACUUUCUUGCACAGUCAGCAGUCAAUUUAGUGGUGGGUGGUGAAAUACAAGUUCUAGCCCCAACCGUAGCUCCAAAACCUCAAAACCAAAUGAUGAAAAAUGUAAAAACGUUAGCUGGCAUUUUAACAGUGCUGAGACUUUUGUUAAGAAGGUUGAGGAGACGAAGAAGAAAUAUUCUGCGUUGGAUCCCAGCGAUAGUGAUGGAUUUGGAGAAGUUCCGAUAUUGGGAAAAAUAUCGAGAACUAAACGUGUGAAAUCAGCUCACCUGAGGAACUCAUCAGCAAAAUCCAAAUUUUCGGACAAGAGAAGACUAGUGCUGGAGUCAGACUCUAGCUCAACAGAGCCGGCUGAAGAUUUAAGCAAGGACGUUUUCAAGUGUAUCAACGAGAGGAGGAAAUGCGUGGAAACACCUCCACCGUCUUUUGUUGAUAUUGCGAUGUCAAAUGAACAAUUGUUUGUUACAGUUUCUGAAUCCACCCUGACGGUUUCUGGUGCUGGCGCUGGAGAAGACAAUCAAUCUGAGAAUAUCAAGGAAAAGAAAAAGAAAAAACGCUUCAAAACUGCAAAAACAAACAGAGUUGCACCGGUAGUGAACACAAGAGGCUGCAAGUCAGCUACGGUUCAAGCAGAGUCAGAAGGAUCUGCGUCUCCUGAUCCGCUGGAACCAUGGAGCACCAAGAAAAUCGCUAAUAUGAACACUUUGUUGGCAUGGGAAGACCAAGAAAGCUUAUAAAUGAAUUUAUUGUAAAUAUCUAUUUGUUGGAAAUUUAAUCUUGAAGCACGGCAAAACUUUUGAGGAUAAUGAUUCGGAUAGUAUAGGAAUAUUAAAUUUUUUUAACCAAACGAAAAGGUCUGAUAUUUCUUUACUACUCCGAAUCGGAAUUUAAUAUUGAUUAACUGGUUGCAUUUCAUUUGGAAAUGGAUUCUGAUUGUAAAGAUUUAUCCAAUUAUCUCUCUUAUAUUUUAUAUUUUUAAGACAAUCAUUCUGAACCUGCAUAUAUUACUUGUUAUUAGUGAAG